AUGACGUACAAUACGAAAAGUGCCGGUAAGUAACGAGUUUUGAAUAAAAGCGUGCAAAAACAUCUUCUUCGGUGGGAAGACAAAAAGAGAGCCAACUGUACCAGUAACGACUGAGCUCAAGUAAAAGUAGAGGAAGGAAAUAACUAAUAGUAAACCCUAAAGAAAAACAAGCUAAUUAAUGCUUAGAAAAAGUUCCGAUUUCCUAUUGAGGAGCUCAUUUUAACAGAACUGUUAUUGAUGCUGCUUGAUUGUUUUUGGCGGGUCUAAAUGAACCUCGCAGUAGGAACUUUCACGUGCACAGUUCUGUCUAUGGUUCUCAAGCUUUCCAGGUGUUCGCAGAUUGAUGAAAGAGGCGAUGGAACUGCGAGAGCCGACCGAAAUGUACCAUGCUCAGCCGAUGGAAGACAAUCUGUUCGAGUGGCAUUUCACUAUCCGCGGAACUCUUGGCUCUGACUUUGAGGGCGGUAUUUACCACGGAAGAAUCAUAUUCCCGGCAGAUUAUCCGAUGAAACCACCAAAUCUCAUUUUGCUCACGGUUCGAAAUCGUUUAUUUUCAUUCCGAAAAAUAUGUGUUUGCAGCCCAACGGUCGUUUCGAACUGAACAAAAAAAUUUGCCUCUCGAUCUCCGGGUACCAUCCGGAGACUUGGCUCCCAUCUUGGAGCAGUAAGUUCUAAUCGUCUCCACUAACGUACUCAAAGCCCAUUCUCAGUUCGCACUGCUCUCCUUGCACUUAUCGGCUUCCUUCCAACCACCGCCGGCGGAGCACUCGGAAGUCUAGAAUAUCCGCCGAAGGAGAGAAAGCGACUCGCGAAGCUGUAAUUGUUUUCUUCGCAAACCUGUCAUCAUUGUAAAUGUUUGCAGGAGUGGAGACUGGAAAUGCAAAGAAUGUGGAUGCGUCAUGAAGAAUGCUCUCUUGCCGAUCACAGAAGACGGACAAGGAAAAGCAAACGAAGAGGCUAAGCAGCUGGCGGCUCAGCUGAAAUUCCAGGACGCAUCGGAAGUCAAGAAGGCAGUCGCUGCUGCAGCUGAAAGCGCUGACCAAAAAGAAGAAGAUGCGAAUGCGAGCAGCGAUGUGCUCCUAGAAGGCUCAUCUCCUCAACUCGAGGAGCUGAGCAUUCAGACGGAAACAGCUCCCGAAGGGGAAGUGCCAGGUUCCGAAGUGGAAGAGCCUCUUCAAAGUAAUCUAAUCCUUCCCAACUCCACCGCAAUACAAUGUUACAGUCGUUGAUCCGUCGCCAUUCCCAGCCUUCCAGCAGCGUCGUACCACAACGGAUUCCUCGUCAUUCGAUUACUCUCUUCUCGUCACAAUUCCACUCAUUUUCAUCUGUGCGGUUGUUUUCUUCACUCUUUUCGCUCGUCGUUUCCUUAUAGACAACGGGCAUCCCCUUCCGGACGGUUCCGAAUUGUAA